GAGGAAUGGGUAAUAGCACAAGUCUGUGAAAACAGAAAUUGAAUCCCAACCAAUAAUACUAAUUAUGAUUUAAAGUGUUAAACACAAAUAAUUAAAUACAUAUGUUAACGAUUUAUUUUAUAUCUACUGGCAUAAGCAUUACUAAUGUCAAUAAUUUGCAGACAAUACACAUGUUGGAACAGCGGAGCAGUAUUUUGGAAAGUCAACAAAAACAAAAAAGCAGGGUGUGUAUACUUGAAAAAUUGUUAAAUAUGUGGGUGUGAAAUGACAGUGGCAAUGUUUUAUGUGUCGGAUAUGCAAGUUAUAGGAUGAUUAGUUCAGAAGAUGGGAACUCUGGCUAACUUUCUUGUUGCAUUGUUUUUUGUCAACUUAUUUAUAAUACAUAUAGACUGUAAUUGUGACUGUAUAGGAUUCAAGUCUGACUGUGUAAAUGAAAAUUGUACAUGCCCAAAAAAUUACAGCUUUCAUGGAAAUGGCAGAGAUUGUCAACAAGACUCUUGUAAUAUAACAGAUUGUUUGGAAUGUGAAACAGCCACAUUGUGUUUAAAAUGUGUACACUAUUUAGCGGAGGGAAGAGGUCGAUGUUUGACAGAAUGUCUUUCUCAUACAACAUUUGAUGACAAUGAUAAUGGACCUAUCUGUAUACCAGAUAUUCAGGGUUGUACAACUAUAAAAAUGGAUGAUGAUGAUGAUGGUUUAAGCACUGAUGUGGUUAUAGGUAUAAUAGCUGGGGUGUCAGCUGCCCUGUUACUGUGUAUUAUUGUACUGAUAAUUCUAUGUAUCUACUACAGAAAAACAAGAAGGAAAGUAAAUCUAAAUCGGACAAAUUAUGCCGUGGGUAACAUGCAGGCUGGAAAUGUGAAAAAAGUCCCCAUGUACGAUAAUCAGGGCUUUGAUGUUGACAAUGAAGCAUCUCUGGUACACAAUGUGAUAGAUAGAGAUGUUUACUUGCGGGAGUUAGAAAGGUUACGACCUCAUGCUCAAACUUUACUUACUAUGCUCAAUGAAAUACGCCACAAACUCAGAGCAAUGGAUAACUCAGAUCCCAGAGUUUCUACAUAUAAAGGUGUAAUACAUCAACUGUGUAGGGUUCUGGUAUUGGUACAUAAGAAGGACCCUGGGGCUAGUAUACCGUCAGAUGCCUUAGGGCUGAUGGAGUGGGCACAUCAGAUGAUAGAAGAUAAACAGUUAGAUGUUGAACCUGCAGAGGAUUCCUUGGAGACUAAUCCAGUAAACAGAAUUUCUUACAUUGACGUCCCACCGAAAUCCUAUAGCAAUCCUUACGCCACCCCUGUUAUAAAGAAACCCAAUCCCUAUGCUACCCUCAAUAAGCGCAACUCACAGCUUAAUAUGUCUAAUUUAUCAAACACAAGCUAUUAUAGUAGCGUUCCAGUCCCUGUUGAUAUGGACAACUCCAACAACUCGCAACCCAAUCAUGUAUCUGUAUCUCAGAAUAACACGCUCAAAUCAACGUCAAAAGAAAACUUAAAACGACAGUAUGAAAUACCAUGGGAUUUAAAGAAAGUUAGUGAUAGCUAUUCAACUUUGAAUUGUUCUGGAUCAGAUUUGACGAUGGGAUAUUUUGCUAAUGGGAGAUUUUAUGAUCCGACUCCACGUCAGCAGAGUGUGAAGAAGGGAAGUCAGCCAGAGAUUUACGCUCCAGUUUGUUCUUACAGUGAUAGAAGUAAUCCGCCAGUGUUCUCAACAUUUGCAGGUGGUGUCCCUCGUAAUCAAUCCUUUUCCUCUCAAGCCUCAUCCUCCUCCAAUACUAGUGCACAUGGAGAGGAGGAGGAUGAAGAAGCUGUUGACAAUAAUAUACAAGAUGGUGAUGGAUUCCCAUUUCAUAUCACUGAUGCAACAGAACCUGUAGAAGUCUAGUUAUACCAGAAUCAUAUUUCUAUAUACACAAUUCCAUUAUAACAGCAUUUAUAUAUAACACAUGGUCUAGGUUCUUUUAUGUGGAUAUGUACUAUUUGUACACAUGUAGUUUCAAGAAUUUUCAGUUGAUUAAAUGAGAAUUGGGAAUGGAUACUAGACAGAAAGUACAAGGGUUUUCUCAUGAUGAUUAUGAUUAUCUUAUAUAAAGAAGCAUAUUUAUCACAUUUAUUAUUGCUUUUGUGACUUAGUUUAUACGGUAUUACACAGUUUUGAUGUGACAUCUUUUGUGUUAUACAAACAUAGCGUAAAGAUGCACUAAAUGUUAGCCUUAUACUAUAAGCUCAUCAGUGAAAAAGUGAUUUUUUUUCUGUAAACAGGUUUUAUCUUGGAUAUGUGAUAAACAGAAUAUCAUAUUCAUGUAACUUCAUUAUAAGAUUGAUGAACUCAUUGAAUAAUAUAAUAUUAUGCUUGUACAAUGUGGUGUUAAAAAAAUCAGUAUUGAAACUACAGAACUGUACACUCAUUCAAUAUUUUCUAUGUAUUAGUCAUGUGAAAAUUCCUCGGGGAGGGGGGUAUACAGUAUACAGUUUUAUGCUGUGUUUAUUAUAUUAAGAUGGAUUUCUGGAGCUUAAUCACUUCAUUGAAUCAAUUAUAUCCAUUACAAUAUUUCUCAAUAAAAAACAACAAGUUUAAAUUCCAUUUAAAGCGUUUUGUUAAAUUUUAUUUUUAGGUUUCAUAUUAGCUAUAUAAGAGAAUCAGUGCAAGGUUUUAUCUCACCUCAUGUUUUUAAUUAUCCUGAUCCUAUAUUGUCGAGCUUUUAAUUCUAGGUGCUAUGUUACAGUGCAUUUUGUAGAAUUUAAUGUCAUUUUACAUCAAUUCCUCAGGAAACCAGUGUUUUGGAAGUAGAAAUUUCUUAAAUUCUAUUCACCAAUGAUGGUUUAUCAGUAUUUUACUUAUUAUUUACUUUCAAAACUUAAUUUUCAUCAGCAUUUUAUUUUUUGCAUUUUAAUUCAAGUGUUUGUCAAGACUUUCCUUUUCUUGAAGUCACAUAGUUUUAAAAAAUUAAGGUAUACUUGUAUAAUUGAUAGAGCAAGUGUUUAGAUUGUUUAUUUCAGUUUAUGUUGGGUUUUUUUUUUGCAGUGGCUUUUGUGUGACAUAGAGUAGUUGGUUUUUAUUUGUUUGGGUCGUCAGACCAAACAAAUAAUGGUAGCUAAAUUUCAGAGUCUAAUGCUGUUAAUUGCAAAUGCCGAAAGUAGUCCACUUUUUUGAAGCGGUUACUUCCCUUUAUAUGUACACUAACGCCGAAAAAUUCAGGGGAGAUCACUGCGUAAAGAUGGUCAAAGACAGGCACAUUAAUUUUCAAGCAAAAUAAUUCCCAAAUGGUCGAAGAUUUCUAAUAUUGUUUUAUUGUAUUUUCUGAUCGAAAAUAAGUAAAUACAAAGCGGACAUUCAAUCUCUGAUACAGAAGUUUACGACAAACCUAACAACAAGUAGUUCUCAAAACAGCUUUAAACUAGCGAUUUAAAAGAAAGAAAUAUUUUUAUUUUGUUACAAGUAUCCAACAAAUUACAACGCAUUCAAAGUUUAAAAAUAGCGUUGGCUUAUAGAAUUGUCAAUAAAUGCACAAUCACAAAUUACGCGGAUAAAUAUGAUUUUAUCAAUGAAAAUACUAUUUUUAGGGAUGUCAAUUACCGAAUACUACACAAACCAAGUAGUGGAAUAUAUAGAUUCUACAUGUCGGACUGUUUGAGCGAGAAGAUUAUUGCUAAAUUAUUAACUUCAAUUUUAAACAACAGGUUUAUCCUGAACAAAAUACCUCGAAAUUAAUAAGGAUUACAAACCCGAAAUGCAAUGGAAGUUCUAAAUUUAGAAUGACUUGAUGUUAUUCAGACAUUGUUUGUAUAACUUCUCCGUGGUACAGGAGUAACGCGCUUGCUUAGUGAAUGAGAAGUCUGGAGGUCAAAUCCCAGUCGAGGAAACUUUUUUUUUUUAAUUCUUUUUUAAGUGUCUUUGUUAAGGAAGUAGCCAUGAUAUGCAAGGAUAAAGUGUGGCUGUCGUAAAAAAUGAACAUAAAUGAUUUUUUGAUCCAACUCUAGUUAUGCAGAAUUCCGUAUGUAUCAAACUCUGGUGCCUUGCAAAAUGAAUUAUAAUACAUAAAAAUAAACUUAAACAGGAAAAUACAUACAGAUAUACAGUACGAUUCAGAUUGCAAAGAUCAGAAAAUACCACAGAACUUGCAGCCCUUUGAUUCUUUAUAAAUAUACAUGCUUAUAGUAAGCUCCAGGAUUAUUUACAUCUGUGAUAAACAACAGUUUAAGUCGUUACAAGCCAUAAUUUAGAUCGAAUAAUAUGGUUUUCUUAAGGCCGUUCUCAUAUAAAUUCACCAUGGCUGAAGGGUUGUCGCGCGCGCUUAGGAAGCGAGAGGUCUGGAGUUCAAAUCCCAGUAAAGGCAACUCAUUUUUUUUUUCAAAUUGUAUAAGUCAAAUAAACAUUGGAUUGAAUAUCAGUGUUGCAAUUAGUCUUAUAGCCAAUUUACUACAAUUAAAACGCUGGAAAGCAUUGGUGGCACUAUACAUAUAAUCUCACAACCGGUACCUUUCUUACAUUCUGAGACCCAAACAAAUUCAGCGCCUUCUGUGCUUUGAUUAUUAGAGAGGACUUAGAAUUAUUUUAUAAACUUGUACUGGAUAGUUUUGAUGUUUUAAAUAUUCAAGUUUAUCAUUGGUUUUUCUACACUUCUGUUUGAUUAUUAUGAAUUUGUUUGUUAAAAGCAGUGCUUUUCUCAGUCUCGCAUAUCUUUAUUGAUAUUUUCUCCAUUUUGUGUCAAUAUAAAAACAUAGUUGUAAACUUUAACAUUGUCUAGGUUGAUCCAUGAUUGUUAUGAAAUAUGCUGGAUGUGCCUUAUUUAUAUCAUUCCUAUCAUUCCUAUUUAUACGCGGGCUGUUCAAAAAGUUAGUGGAAUUUCAUCAUAAUAAUGUAAACAGCUAACAAAUUCAAGUAAUACUUAUAAUAUUAUGUAAUUUGUAAAAUUCAACAUGUUUGUAAUUUUUUUUAAUUAUAAUGAAUUAUGUUGAUAAAUGAUAAAUUUAAAGUUAAUGAGGUAACAUUAGUAGACAUAAAUUGAUGCUGACAUUUAAGAUUCAUUUAAGAUGCCAUCACAUCUUAAAUAUUCUUGAUAGGUAGAGAAAGAAACAGUGUGAUUUUACAGUAAUACAACUUGGUAAAAUGAUAUUUCACGGCAAUGACAUUGCAACAUUAUUUUGUCUAUGUUUAAUUUAUGACAGUUUCUUUCUUCUAUUUUUUUUGUAAACUGCAGGUAUUUCAUGGCAUGUGCAUAAUUUAUGUAUGAUGCUGACUUUGACCAGAUUUGAAGUAAAAUAUUUGUAAAUAAAUAAUCUGUGACAAAAUUUCUCAAUCUUUUGGAACAGCCCUCAUGUGUAUAUAUUACCCCUUGACUUGCUGCAUUUUACACACACAUAUCAUGUGAUGUUAUAAUAAUAAUAUAAGAUUUUAUAUACAUCAUAUAUUUUAUAUUCUUGUUAAACAUUGGGAACAACAUAGAUUUCAUGAAGAUAUGAUGUUGAAAUAGUAAGUGCUGCCUUACAUGAUACAGAGAUGGAUGGCCUCUCUUUUUAUAAACAAAAUUUGUCACCUUAAUGCAGUAACAGGUUAAGUAAGUAACAACUUUAUUUAUUUAAUGAGGCUAACACAUUCAGUUUCCCGAUCUUCCAUGCGGGCCUCAGUAACUCCUAUUAAACUAUAUAAUAUAACAUAUAUUUUAUUCAACAGAAAAUUGAAUGCAUACAAUUUAUUGUCAUACAUUUCAAAUAUUUAAUGUGGUGUAAAGUGUUAUUAAUUACAGUAAGUUAGGUGAGAUGUUUUGUUUACAAGUAUAACAAGGUAAUGACCUAUCUAUCAGAAUUUGUAAAUAACGCAAGUAUAAUUAUGUUACUUUUAAGUUUAAGCUGACAAAAUAUUCCAUGGAAAUGCUUAAACAUGUUAAUCAAAAUAGAAAAAUAUUUGUUAAACAUUGAAUUAUCAACAUGUAUAUUAUAUAAGGAGUUAACCCGUUACUGCACCAAGGUGAUGAAAUAUAAAACAAACAGGAGCAGGAUAAAGUUUGAUAUUGAUGAUUGACUGCAAAACUGCAGUUACUUAUAUGAAAUAAAGGACUUACAACAGUUUUGCGUUCAACCCUCCAUAUAUACCUUUAAGUUCAUUUGUAUCAACAUUUAUCAUGGCUGCUGAAACUGUUUUCUAGAAUGUGUAUAUUGUAUGCUAUCUGAUUGUUAUUUAACACGACACUAAACUUACAAGAAAAAACAUUGAUAUACAAGAGUGCUUUUAAUUUGUUUGUUGAUUGAGUUAGUAUUUAUUUAUUAUGUAGAUUGACAUGUAAGUUUGUUUUAUAUAUGUGAUCUUACCCUGAUAUUUACAGUGUUUUAACCCGGACUGUGCUAAAUAUCUUAAAUGGGCUUGUCCAUGUUUCAUUCUGGACAAAACCAUUUAUCAUUUUUAGGGGGAAAGUACUGACUGAAUAGCGAACAGUGCCAUCCAUUGAUCUGAUGGCACAGAUGUGCUGGCUGAAAUCUUGGUCUGUACUGUUCGCAUGGUCCAUUACUGCAAGAAGGCUGGCUACUCCUCAUAUAUUUGUUUGUACACAACAUGUACAUUAGAAAAUAUUGAUUGAUUUUUUUACUCAUUUUCAUUUUAUGUUUGUUUUCUUUAAAGACUCAGUGUUGCAGAAACAACAAAAUAUGGUCAUUUAGAAAGGGCAAUCAUGUGCUUUUAUUAUAGCCUUUAGAGCAUGUUACAUGUUUAUCACCAGCCACUAAAAAAUAAAAAGCUUUAAAGAAGAAGAUGCAUUACUUUGGCAAAACGGAUCUUUAACAUAACUUAAAAGUAAAAUUUACGAUAAUAUAAAAUAUUUUUCUUUGUGCCAUUGUGUUGAUUUGAUAAAAUUUAUUUGUGUAUGUUUAGUAAACGGGGAAAUAUUUAUGUCACAAGCUAUUUGAAUUUCUACUUGCUAAUACAUGUACCUAUCUCUGCUUAAUUUGUGUGAUGAACAUGUUUUAAUUUGGAACUCCUUAUGCUAUUUUUUUAUAAGAGGAGUUAAAUAAUGAACUUCUGAAAUUCAGCAGAAAACUAUGUUAUCAUAUGUGGUAUUACGUUUCACUAUAGCUGCAGUGAUUUAAAUGUGGUUGUUUUUAUGUGUGCUUAUGUAGAUCUAUCUGUCUCAUUUUUAGUUGUUUUAACUGAUUUUUUUGUUUGAUUUUUUAUUAAUAAUUAUGCAGAAGUAAAUUGAAGCAUUAAAAUACUUGUUUAUUUUUUUAAGUGUUUGUAGGUUGUAAAAGAUAAGAUUCUGUAAACUUAGUUCCUUAUAUUAUAAAAAAGUUUAUUACAGACAUUACUUUUAACUAACAUGAUAUUACAAUGACCACCAUGUUGAUUGCCAUGUAUAUUGGUAAACAGCUGAAACUAGGACAAUAAAUUAACAAAGUCAUCGUCAGAUACCCACAGUUGAUUUACAUAUAACAUAACAUGUAAUCAAUAUAAAUAAUAAAUGUUAAUGGUUCUGCCGUAGGUAUCUUACGAUAUAACAAAGUAUAUUUGCCACGAGGUGUUGUUGGAGAUGUAUUCAGAUGAAGAAACUUUAUAAAAGUUGCCAAAAUAUAUUCACAAAUAAAGAUGACAUGUUUUAUUCAUUAGUGAGUCAGCAACUAAAGUAUAAUUGUUGCUUAAACUAGAUCAACUUCCAUGGCUUAUAACAAAAUCUAUUUUAUCCUGCUACUGUCUAUAUCAUCAGCUGGAUAAAGCCUUGCCGGAUAAACUUUUCUUGCAUAUCAAACAGGAUUAUCUACCGUUUACACCGGUGCUAGAAAACUCUAUCUUACACCCCCCAUGUAAGACAAGUCGUGUGCUUUAAGUGACGUCAUUGACGCGCGCCUUUUAUGAAUGAAUUGCGUUCUAAGGAUGACGUGACUUAACCGUUAUGAAUGAAGUUGUAAGUUCAUACGCUACUAUGAGAAAAAAGUGCGUUAUGAGAAUAUCUGUUUUCGUAAUUUCUGUUCUGAAAAUAAUUGAUAUGUAAUAUGCAAAAAAAGAAGCAAACACCGGCUGUCGGUGCAGACGGGAAUAUCUAGCUCUCGGGUAACUGUUUAGCGGAAACUCGGCAGAGCUUUGUUACCGCCAUGAACAGUUGCCCUCGAGCUAGAUAUUCCGGUCUGUACCGGCAGCCAGUGUAAGAUUUUUAUAAUCUAUCUCCAGUCAUUACGUCAUAUGAUGACGUCACAUGGUUAGCAGCAAAACAAAGCUACAUAUUUAGUAGGAGCAGUAGUCCAGUGGUAAGACGCGCGCUUAGGGAUCGAGAGGUCCCGGGUUCGAACCCCACCAGGGGCACUGCUAAUUUCCUUGAGCAAGAAAUUUACCUGCGAUUGCUUCACUUCACCCAGGUGUAAAUGGGUACCUGCGAGGGUGGUAUAAUUCCGUUGCGCCAAAAUGUCGGCUGCACUAAGCGGAGUUAAAAGACUCCCCAGGGAGAUUGAUAGAUAGAUACCAGUAGCCCGAUGACCAGGGGUAAUAGCUGUAAAGUCGGUGAACGUGCGUAAGCAUGAAACUUAGACUAUAAAAUGCAUUUUUUUUUACUUUUACAAUUACUUUACAUAUAGAUGCUAUUUUAUCGGGGAAAAAGAAGAAUGAAACCAUUUAAUUAUUCUAAAACAUGAUUAAAAGCAGGAUAAAUCAAAUACAUGGUUGAUGUCGGGAUGGAGAAGGUUUAUCCUGCUCGCUAAAGCUCGCCAAGAUGCACUUUCUUGCUCACCGAAUAAACCUUCUCCAUCCCAACAUCAACCAUGUAUUUUCUAUUUUAUUACUAUUACAUCAUUUAAACGAUGUAACAAUAAAUUAAAAUAAAAGCUACUUAUUUGAAACUGUACACUAAGAAAAGUGAUGAAUUUUUGCAUUUCACUGAAUGUAUAACUACUAUAGUUUUCUAACAUGUAUAAGAGCACCAGAUUAUUAUGUAUAUUACAUGUAGGUUUUGAUGGUUGAAUGGUAUUAUCUCGAGAAAUAACAGAAGUGUUUAUGUUAACCCCCAAUUCUGUUACAGGGCUCUUACCUUAAUAGUUUAGAAUAUACACAUGUAGUUAUUAUUUUUUCUUGACCUUUGGUUUUGUUUGAUACCUAUUCUAAAAUGUUUAUAAUUUGUUUGCUAGAUUUAACAAAAUAUAGUUUAUCUAUGAGUGUCUAUGAUUCAUGUAUGUUCUAAUGUGUGUCUUUAACUUUAUCAUUUUAAUGAAGCUGUACUAUAAAAUUCUGUGUUCAAUUUUUUACUGAAAUGUCUUUAAAAAAAAGAAAAAAAAAGUAGAUAGAUAAAAAUUAAAGAUGUUGCAUUUAUUAUAAACUCAUAAGUAACAGGACCAAUAAUUAUGUUGAGAUAAUGGUUUCAGUACAUGUGUACAAUGGCUAUGAUGGAAUCAAAUAUGUUGUGUGUCAAAGUGAAGCUUACAUUAUCAUUCUAUUUUCAUUUCAUACAUAUUUUCUUAUGUGUAUAGCAAAUAAAAAGCAGUUCAGCAUUGUAAAAACAACAUUUUAUUGUUUGUGUCUUUUAAACUACUGCAUCUUAACAUCAAACAUAAAUAGAUUUUAGCAUAAAAUAAGACAAAGUUUUUAAUCAAACAUUUUUGAUCCUGAACAACGCAUAACUUUCACUUACAGUUUCAUUAUUUUUCAUUUUUGGAAAUUUGUAGCUAUUAAUGAAAUAUAUCAUGUUCUUGUUUUAAUCAUACAUAAUGAAAGAUUUUCAUAUGUGGACAUCAUCAUCAAGGUUUUAGGCUAUAUUUGAUGUAUAUUUUUUCACCUUUUACUAUACAUAUAUAUAUUUUACCACAUCCUAAAAAUUGCAAUCAAAAUCUGGUCUUCUAUUUUAGACUCAACUCUUUAUAAAUAAAGUAUCUGUUAUAAAUGUAA